ACUGGGUCACGCACCAGCGAUUUCAAAUUUGUCAGAUCUUACAAUGAUGGGACUCUACUUGCUGACCAGACUCUGACAAAGUCGUCUACUGCUGAUGAGCCGUUUGGACCAUGUGAGGAACCUGAAGCUCUCCAACAGCCAUUCUGUGGAUAUUACAGGUCGUUCAAUGAAUCAUGAAAUUGAAGCUUUUGUCAAACAUCUGUGGAUAAAUUCUGGAGAAAAUAUGUCUUUCAAAGUGUAUCCUUCAAGAAAAUGCAAUGGUGGAUGUGCGCAGUUCAGAAUACAAUGGCAAGUACUUAUUGUCCUCAUGUGGCUUAGUAAUUUUGCUGUCGGACAAAUUCGUUAUUCGAUUCCAGAAGAAAUGAAGAAGGGUUCACUGAUAGGUAAUGUAGCACAGGAUCUUGGACUUGAUGUGAAAAGGCUUCGGACGGGUCGAGCUCGUAUUGUGACCGGGGAAAGUAUCCAGUACACAGAGCUUAAUGCAGACAAAGGGAUUCUAGUUGUGAGUGAGAGAAUAGACCGGGAGCAGCUAUGUGGCGAUAUUACUCCCUGCAGCUUCAGUUUCGAGAUCAUCCUAGAGAAUCCUAUAGAACUGCAUCAAAUUACCGUCGAAAUUCUGGAUAUAAAUGAUAAUGCUCCAGUAUUUCGGAAAAAUGCGAUGAGUUUUGAAAUUAGCGAAUCGGCAACACUCGGCUCGAGUUUUGUUUUAGAGAGUGCUGAUGAUCCUGAUGUCGGAGUCAACGCCCUUCAAAAUUAUGUUCUGACUCAAAAUGAUCAUUUCAUAUUGAAACAGCAUUCGAAUCCGGAUGGCAGUAAAUACGCUGAAAUGAUUCUCCAGAAAGCAUUAGACAGAGAAAAAUAUCCUCGGCUGUCAAUAAAACUGAUCGCCGUAGAUGGAGGAGAUCCACAGAAGUCUGGCAUGGCGAGCAUCGAUGUUACAGUUCUAGAUGUAAAUGACAAUGCUCCUGUUUUUAACCAGACUAUUUACAGGGCUAGUGUAAAGGAAAAUGCACCUAAAGGCAGCUACAUAGCAACUGUCAAUGCAAGUGACGCUGAUAGUGGCUCGAAUGGCAUGAUAUCAUACUCGUUUUCGAAUCUGAAGGAGCAUCUAGUUAAUAUAUUCCAUAUGGAUGGAACAACUGGUGUAAUAUCAGUUGCAGGAAAUAUUGAUUUUGAAAAAGAUAAAAGAUAUGAGAUGAGAGUCCAAGCGAAGGAUCAGGGUGGCUUGUCCGGGACUAGCAAAGUAAUAAUUGAAGUCGUGGACGUUAAUGAUAAUGUACCUGUUAUAAAUGCCAUGUCAUUCUCGAGCUCCGUAUCUGAAGAUUCGCCACCGGGCACAACAAUAGCUGUGAUUAACGUCAAAGACUCAGACUCGGGACAAAAUGGUCAGGUGACCUGUUCUAUUGACAAACAUUUGCCUUUCAGGGUAGAGUCCUCCCUCGCAAACUAUUAUACGGUGAUAACUGAAUCUGCAUUUGAUAGAGAGGCAUUGCCUGAAUACAACAUAACGAUAACUGCCACCGAUUCUGGUUCACCUUCUCUUUCAAGUGUCACCACUUUGUGUCUGAAGGUGUCAGAUGUCAAUGACAACGCUCCAGUUUUUGAUCGCGCUACCUACUCUGCUUAUGUACCCGAAAAUAAUUCACCGGGCACAUCAAUAUUCAGGGUCAAAGCUGUGGACCCGGACUCCGGUCAGAAUGCUAGGAUAUCAUAUUUGUUAACGGAGACAAGGGUAGGAGAGGGUUUUGCAUCUUCAUAUAUCUCCAUUGACGCAAGCACUGGCGUUAUUACCACCGUGCGCUCUUUUGAUUACGAACAAAUCAAACAGUUGUCAUUUACUGUAAGUGCCCAGGAUGGUGGCUCCCCUCCAUUAAGCAGCAAUGCAACAGUGAGGAUUCACAUCCAAGAUCAGAAUGACAAUGCGCCUCAGAUUCUCUACCCGUUACAGAACGGUGGCUCUAUUAUGGCGGAAAUUGUGCCUCGUUCAGCAGAUGUGGGUUAUCUCGUCACCAAAGUGGUGGCUGUUGAUGUCGACUCAGGACAGAAUGCGUGGCUUACAUAUAGAUUUCAGAAGGCGACCGACAGGGCGUUGUUCGAAGUUGGCACACAAAAUGGAGAAAUAAGGACUAUACGACAGACCACUGAUAAAGAUGCUGUGAAGCAAAAACUCACUGUUGUAGUGGAGGACAACGGACAGCCCUCUCGCUCAGCUACAGUCAAUCUUAACGUAGCAGUGGCAGACAGUUUUCCAGAGAUUCUUUCGGAGUUCACUGACUUGACACCUGACAAGGAAUACAAUGACAAUUUGACAUUUUAUCUGGUGCUUGCUUUGGCUGUAGUUUCGUUUCUCUUUGUAACAUCAUUGGUUGCCAUCAUAUCCGUGAAGAUUUACCGAUGGAGGCAGUCUAACACGUACGAUCAGCCAAGCCUUCCGGUUAUUCCAUAUUAUCCACCUAAUUACGCGGACAGUGGAGGUGCAGGAACUCUUCACCGAGUUUACAAUUACGAAUUGUACAACACGACAGACUCUAGAAAGAGUGAUUACAAAUUCUCUGGACCAUGUGGUCAAAAUGUUCUUGUUGUGGACCCAAGUGCCGCCAGAACGAUGAGGCGUGUGGACAGCGAAAAGAACAUUCUGGAUGAGCCCGAUUCGCCAAUGGAG